UCUCCGCAUUCCGGGCCAGUGGUUACGAUGUUCUUUGACGCGAAAGUCGUCUGUUUCCUGGUCUUUGUUGUUGUGACCGGGUCCGGGUUCGUGCUAGCGGCUGCCGCCGUCAGUCAUACCAACUUGCCGAAAGCUCUACCGCUAACCCGACCCGAAGUAAGCACGGACGCUGUCGGUGAACCCAACGCGGAAGCCAGUCACCUCAGUGCUCAAUCCAGGGAUGCUGCUUAUUUCAUGCCGACGGGGAUAAGCGCUUUGGGCGCGUUGCUGUUCCUGAAGGUGAAGGCGGUGCUGGUGGUUCUGGUGGCGGUGAUAAUAAUCGGUCUUCUGAGCAAGGUGGCCGGGGGUUACGGGGGCGUCCACUGCGGCGGUGGCCCCAUGUGCCCGCAGAUUCCCCACUCGGCCGAAUACCCUCCCAGCGGCCACACUGCCUACAGAGAGGACUACUUCCCGCACUACGAGCCCACUGCCACCGGGCCUUACUCCAGGAGCUCCGAGUCCCAAGGUGUCGUAUCCAGAAUGCUCAACACAGUUAAUGUGGUGGAUUUAGGGUUUGCCGUUUUGGAUAUUCCUAGUGACGAGUGCCGGAGGAGACUUGUUUGUGAAAUGGACAAUUCUGCCAUUAGGCAUCCACCCCUGGCCUUCCUCCUCGAUACAUUUAGGGAAAAUUUGUCAAAAUACAGGGAAGAAACAACCACAGAUGGUAUGAGGAACUGCGGGAAACUCUAUGCCCACUGUGACACCUGGUUCCCACUCACUGUCGUGAAUGCAUCGAUGCCUGGAUGAGGAAAAUCAUCAACUUAUGGGCUGUAAAAUAGAUUGUUUUUAAUUUAUUUAUUUAUUUAUUUCUUAAUUCGUGAAUUCAAAUUCUAUAUUUUGCAACAAGGAGUAUUGCGUUAAAGGCAAACAAGAAGUCAAAAGCGCCCACAUUUCACUCUGUAUACGGUGAGACCAGACCACCUAAGCAUGAGUAGUUGCAUCAUGCUCUCUUACGUACUAAUUGUACUGCCUACUUUCAAUAUCAGAUCAUUCGUGGCUGAAAGGCUAGGCACUUACUUUUGUAAGAGGGGAUGAAAACACAGAGACGCUCGUUGGACAUCACACAACAAUUUGCUUACUAAAUUAGGAAGGGUGGGGGGAGGGACCAUAUUAAUGGUUGAAUGAAAUUACUUAUAUUUUCAUGAUGAAUUUGCCUCAGUGUGAAAACUGAGUGAAGUUCGUGGAAUGUAGGUCUUGAUUAAGAACCGCAUCGUUUUCUGAACUACCUACCCAUUGAUUUAUUUUUCAUACUUCAUCAUUUACUUAUUUUUUUAUUAUUAUUUUAUUUACUUUUAUUUUUAUCGCCUUAUUUUAUUUUUUUCUUUGUUUAUUUUGUGUAUUUAAUUUUUUUACAGGUAAAAUACCUGUUAAACACAAUGUUCCUAAAUUUAUUUAUAAAUGUAUAUUUUUAAAACUGUAAGCUUACAUAACCUAAUCAAUAUCUGUAUCUGAUUCCUUCAUUUUUUAUCACAUAAAAGUAAAAGUUCAUGGGCGUUUGGAUUUAGUUUUGCAAAAAGGAAAUAUUAGGUAUAUGUAGGUAUGACUCUUCCACCAAAAUACCUAUCUGUAAAAAGAGAAACUAAUAGCACAUGUUACAUGCAUGUAUAUGUUGUUUCUACCAGGUUUCUAAAAUUUAAGCUGCUUCUUGCAUGAUGCGCAGUAAUUUUGUUAUAAUUUUGUUUUUUCAAAAUGAGAACUCUAUGAUGUAAACACUUAAAGUAAGUGCAGCAAAUAGCCUCCAUAUCUAAGUAUUAGUCAGUCUUGUAUAAGCUGCUUCUUAUUCCUUUUGUUCAUACCUCCAGAAAAAUAAAUGCUUAAUAAGGUGUAGAUAACUGAAAUUGAUUAAAGGAGAAACACUGGACAUUUUGUAAUAAAAUUUUUCAUUAGAAUAAAAAAACAAAUACAAAAUAUAUAACAAAAUAUUCAACUAA